UUCUCACUCUCAUCCUUACCACCAUCAUGGCAGAAGAGAUAUCCAUCAACGUAAAGGGGCCCAACGAGCUCAAGCUCUCAAUCUCAAUCUCACUCGACAAGACCGUUCUCGAUCUCAAAGAAUCCAUCGCAGAAUGCGCAGACGUCCCCGCAGCGCAACAGCGACUCAUCUAUUCCGGUCGUGUGUUGAAGGACGACGACGCGCUGUCUUCCUACAAACUCGCUUCGGGACAUACGGUACACAUGGUCAAGAGCCCGGUGAGGCGGGAUGCCGAGCCUCCGCGCCAGCAGCUGCCGACGAUGCAGACUGGACAGAACCCGACCGACCCGCUCACGGUGCUUAACGGACCUGCGGGCCAUGGCGUCAUGGCUGGUUUCAACCCGUUUGCGCAGAUGGGCGUUAAUCCGAACGAUCCUAAUAUGAUGCAGUCUAUGCUCGACUCGCCCGAGUUCCUCCAGUCCAUGUCCCACCUCAUGUCCAAUCCUCAGAUCCUAGACCAAAUCAUCGCCUCCAACCCUCAGCUCGCGGCUAUGGGUCCCCAAGUCCGGCAGGUGCUCCAGUCGGAGCAGUUCAGGCAGAUGAUGUCCAAUCCGGAUUCGAUUAGGCAGAUGAUACAGAUGCAGAGGAUGCUGCAGGGCAUGGGGAUGAACCCUGGUAUGGGCGGAUUUCCCGGGAUGUAUGGUGCGCCAGGCGCUGCUGGGGGAGCGACGUUCCCUCCUCCGGGAGCGUUCGGCACUCCCACCACUACAGGGAGUACUGGGACUCCUGGCGCUGCUCCUGCUGCCCCUGGUGCGGGAACGACCCCCGCCGGUGGAGCUGGAUCCCCACCCACAGGGACAGGCGCCGUCCCCCCCGUCACCCCCUUCGGCAACUAUGGGAUGGUCGAUCCCAACCUGAUGAACCUACUCGCAGGAGGGAUGGGCGGUAUGGGAGGCUUCGGCGCCCCUGCACAGCCAGCUGAUACCCGGCCCCCUGAACAGCGCUACGAGACUCAGCUCAGCCAGCUUCAGACGAUGGGGUUCACCAACGCCCAACAGAACAUACGUGCGCUCAUGGCCACAGGGGGGAAUGUGAACGCUGCCGUUGAGUAUAUACUCAAUGGCGGUGGGCUCUGAGUUGAACGUUGUGCUCGAGUUACGCCCUGGUUGGAUGUAGGAUGUGUGGAGGACUGUAGCUGCUGUUACAUGUAAUGAUGUACUAGUAGAGCGGAUAUGCCCAGAAAUCAAGAUGUG